AUGGAAGCAAUUCCUGGUCCUUCGCGCAAUAGCCGGAGUAUAGACCGUUCGCUCUCUAUGAAUUCCACACGACCUCGCCGGUCGCAACUCGGCCAAAACAAAAGCCUCGGGUCUCUCUACCAUGGCCUAAUAAUUUUAAUUCUUAUUGUCUGUUUUUCGCCAUCGACGUUGGCUUAUCCUUCCGCAAUCACGGCAGAUCUGGUGAACGUCCCGCGAUCGGCCUCCAACCCAAGUGGAGAUGUCAUCGUAGAUCUCCAGGAUUCGCCCCUCCAGCGCCGUGAAUACAUAUCUUUGGACACACAGGAUCGGGAUGCUGUGGCAGAGUCUCUCGAACGCGAUGCCAAACACGGCUUACAACGGCGAAUUCUCAAUGCUAGCACCGACUCCUCAACAUCGAUGCCCGAGCCCUUCGACACGAGCUCCAACAACUUUGCAAACUCCAGCUGCGUCAGCUUCUUCGAUAAGUUCCUCGCCAACUCUACGGUAACAAAAUGUCACGCCGUUUCACUCCUUCUCGAAAACUCGAAUGCGUUCUUCCAUGAUUUGAGCUCGGCGACAGAAACAUCGCGCGUGCUGGAUACUACCUGCUCCGAGAACCCAACCAAAUGCCAGUCGAUCAUGACCUCGCUAGCGGCCCAGAUGCUGGACGAGGAUAAUUGUGGGCCCGACUAUGAGGCUGGCAACUCGGUCGUCACAGACACUUAUCAACAACUGAUGGCCUACGAGCCUGUAUACCGAGCCACCUGCCUGACCAACCCCACUACCAAUGACUAUUGUUUCGUCGACGCCGUUACCAAUUCUACAGCUCCGAAUGAUUACAAUGUCUACUUUAUUCCGAUUGGAAACCAGCUUACCAAGGGAAAGCUCACCUGCAACGAGUGUCUUCAGUCGACGAUGGAUAUAUACGCUGAAUGGGCCAGGGUGGAUGGCCAAGCACUUGACACGACCUAUCUACCCUCGGCAAAGAUUGUUAAUGAAUACUGUGGCUCCGGCUUUGCGACCACUAAUGUCACAAUCGGCUCCGACAAUGUCACGGCCGGUGCCGGGCUCACGGUUCCAUUACCUGGCUCGCGAUUGGCAUUGUGUAUAAUCACUGUCACGAUCGGAGUUUUAUCGCUGGGGAUGUUUUAG